CAACCCCCACGCUGCCUUGGGCUUUGAAAAAAUAAAGAACAAAAAGAAGAGCAGCCUCAUCCCCCCGAUGAGAAAACCCGCAGCGGCUGUCGCCCUGUCCCGGCGCUUCCGCUAUUUCUGGGCAGGCUGAAGCUACGCGGCUUCAGUCUCACCCCGCCCGAGGGGGUGAAGACUUCGGCUCCCGUCCCAUCCGUCCCAUCCGUCCCUCCCGUCCCGUCCGUGCCGUGCCGUGCCGUGCCGUGCCGUGCCGCCGGCGCGGCCCCGGGAGCGGCAUGGGCGGCGCUGCCAUGGCCGGGCGCCUGCUGCCGCUGCUGCUGCUGCUCUGCGCCGCGCUGCCCGCCGGGCUCCGCGCUCAGGGAGGCGUAUUCAUCAAGAAAGAAAAUGCCGACAAGUUCUUGGAAAGAACAAAACGUGCUUACUCUUUCUUAGAGGAAUUGAAGAAAGGGAAUAUUGAAAGAGAAUGCAAUGAGGAGCGCUGCUCAAAAGAAGAAGCAAGAGAAGCUUUUGAAGACCAGGAGAAAACUGAGGAAUUCUGGAACAUCUAUGUAGAUGGGAACCAGUGCAGUUCAAAUCCUUGUCACUAUGGUGGCCACUGUAAAGAUGGAAUUGGUUCCUACACUUGCACGUGCUUGGAUGGUUAUCAAGGCAGGAACUGUGAAUUUGUCAUACCAAAGUUCUGCAGGAUAAACAACGGGGACUGUGAGCAGUUCUGCAGCGUCCGCAGAGAUGGGCGGAAGGAUGUGUUGUGUUCCUGUGCAGAUGGGUACCUUCUGGCAGAGGAUGGCAGACACUGUGUUGCAACAGUAAAAUACCCUUGUGGAAAAGUUGCUGUGGUAAGGAAAAAAAGGUCUGUUCUUUCACCUGCUGACCAUAGCAAUGGAAUGAGUGAUCAAGAAGACGAAGGUGGGCGAACAUCGAAAAAACUAAAGGUGCUCGAGGUCCCCUAUGUUAAUAGGAACACUUGCAAACAAUCCACUAACUUAGCCAUUACUGAGAACAUGUUCUGUGCUGGUUAUGACACAGAGCAAAAGGAUGCUUGCCAAGGAGACAGUGGUGGCCCCCAUGUGACCAGAUAUAAGGAUACUUAUUUUGUUACUGGAAUAGUUAGCUGGGGCGAAGGAUGUGCAAGGAAAGGCAAAUAUGGUGUCUAUACCAAACUGUCCCGGUUCUUGCGCUGGGUAACAACAAUCAUGAAUUUGUAGUGGUGUGCUGUGUCCCUUGAUCCUCCUUGUUAGCUGCCAAGGUGCAGGAUUGGAAAUGGAAACUUUCUUUUCCUGCAUAUCUGCUAAGCUGGUUUUGAGAUCUGAUUCCUUAAAGUUACAAUUGCUUCCAUUCAUAUUAUUCCUGGCUUUAAAGCAUCCCUCUGUGGACUGUGAAGGUCUUUGGAAUUGGUUGAAUGAGGGAAUUUCCCCAAGCAAAAAGGCUGCUGAGUGGGGUCUUUGGCUUCUUUUAUUGAUUAAUGGCCAUUUUGGUUCCUAUGUGUUGUCACGAGUGCUCCAAGCAGAGGCUCCUAAACAUGUUCUGAGCAGUCACUAGUCAUGAUGAAAGCAGGAAGGAUGGGAGUCACUUAAUCCUCAUAUUGCAGCCAUCUGGCUCAGCAGGGAGUUUGUCCAUACUGGAGUUGUUUAGAUUCUACCUUCAGAUGUGUUCAGAAGAUUAAGGGAGCAGGAGAUCUCGGGUGGCAAAAGCUGAGACACAAUUAAUUAAUCAAUAUGUGAUGCUAAAGAAUCACAUUUUCCACAAAAUGGCCUGCUCAUAUCACAGCAGCUCUUUAAACAGGGGUUUUGCUUUAUAAGGAUUUUACUUUAUUCUAGUUUAAUUUGUACACU